AUGCGUCUCAGCGCCUCAGUUUCAAGUGCUAGCCUCGUGCUAUCACUAAUAGGCGGGUCUGUAGCUUCACCAUACACCGUCUUUCGAGCCGACUCUCGCACCCCUGGUCAGAUCAAACGUUCCGGCGGCUUCAUGAGUUUGGGAGCCACUUAUGGAUUGGGGGAAGACUACAGUAUCACGCCCAUACGGCAUGUCGGUAUGGAUGAAUCGGAUUAUAAUUAUCGUAGAGAUCCUUGGAUAUCAACAACUGCGGAUCGCGAGUAUGCCAUCUCCCAUGCCAAGCGAAGGGCGCUUGGCGCUACAUGGCAUAUUUAUCACAUUAGCACGUCAGGGCUGCGCCUUAUUGACAUGAAAGAAGAGCACCAAAAGGCUGGCGAGAGUUACAGGCGUGCACACGAGCAGGAGUACCUCGUGCCUCAUAGGAUUUCUUGGGCGCAUAUCGACGGGUGGGAUGUCAUCGACGGAAGCGGGAAAAUAACAUAUGUCGCUAAUAACGAUCGUUAG